AUGAAUGGGGAAGAAAAUUACGGUCACCCUUUCCAGCCUUAUGACAUCCAGCUUCAGCUCAUGCAUCAAGUGUACAACACGCUCGAAAGUGGUAAAAAAAUAGGGAUCUUCGAGAGUCCAACCGGUACCGGAAAGACGCUGUCACUGAUUUGCCCAACAGUAACCUGGCUCAGGAGGAAUAAAGCUCAUUAUAUGGGGAAGAGCAAAGAAACCUCAAGCUCCGUUGAUGGGAACCUGACUAAGAGUGAUGAUGAAAGCGACGAAGAACCUUCAUGGGUGAAGGAGGCUUUCGCAGAAUCAGUAAUCAAGGAGAAAGUCCGAGCUCUCGACGAAUACGAGAAAUAUUUGGGUUCUAAGGCAUUCAAAGCUAAAUAUUCAAGUAUUUAUCUGUCUGAAGAUAGUCCCAAGGUCAAAAGGAAGCGCAACUUACCGCACACAACAGUCGGUUUUGAGGAGAACGAGUUUUUACCUGAUGAAAAUUCAAGCCCAAGUACUGGUUGUAAAAAGUACUCCGAUGUUCAUGAUGACAAGAAAAAGAAGCUGAUCAAUGAAGUUAACGCUUUGCUUGGUAAGCUGGAUCAGGAGGCAGAAAGUAUUGACGAGGCAACGCAAACCGCACUGCCGUGUCCCAUAAAAAUUUUCUAUGCCUCAAGAACUCAUUCACAGCUGGGCCAGCUGGCCUCACAAUUGAGACUACCAAAUUUUCCUCCAUCAUUUGAAUCAAUGGAGCAUGAAAGGGUGAAGUUUGUUCCAUUGGCGUCGCGCAAGCAACUGUGUAUCAAUCCUAAAGUCUCAAAGACAUCGAGCCAAGUGAUCAACGACUACUGCAGAGAUGCAGUCAGCAAGAAGGAAUGCGUUCCCUAUACUAGGUCUAAGGAUCCAGAAAUUCUACACGCAUUUAGAGACCAUGCAUUUUAUGCUAUUCACGAUAUCGAGGACAUGGUCUCAUUAGGACGCGCCACCAGUACGUGUCCGUAUUAUGCUUUAAGGGAGUUACUGCAUGAUGGAGUUGAAGUUGUAACACUACCCUAUCAGCACCUUCUUGUUGAAAGCACGCGCGAAGCUUUGGGCGUCGAUCUCAAAGAUUCAAUAGUAAUUAUUGAUGAGGCCCAUAACCUCAUUGAUACUAUAAACGCUGUCAACUCAGCAGAGGUUAGCUUGGCGGACCUUCAAAGCAGUAAGCUUGGUAUUACAAUGUAUGAAAACAAGUUCGCAAAACGCUUGAGCCCUCACAAUCGAGUGAACUUGAAAAGAUUGCUCACUUUGGUUGAGGUUCUAAUCGUAUUUCUUCAACAAAACUACAAAAACGGUAAGGAGUUUGAAAGUCACGAAGUUUUUGAGGGAACGAAUGCCGACGUUUUGAAUAUUCACAAGCUGGAACAAUAUAUGAAAACCACAAAGAUUGCAUACAAAAUCGAUAGCUAUAUUAAAAGCCAAAAUGAGAGUGCGGAAACGGCUGCAGUGGAAAGGCAGCCUGUUCUCUUUAAAGUUGCCUCCUUUUUGAAAACCCUCUCAAAUCCUUCCUUAGAGGGUCAGUUUUUUUUUGAAAAGGGCAAAGUGAUGAAAUACAUGUUGUUGGAGCCCAGCAACAGCUUCAAAUCCAUAGUUCAUGCCGCUAGAUGCGUACUACUUGCGGGCGGUACUAUGGAGCCGAUCUCAGACUUCACCAGAGACCUUAUACCCUUUGUUGAUGAAAACCAAAUCAAUAAAUUCGCAUGUAAUCAUGUUAUCCCUGACAACAACCUUAACACAUUCAUUGUUACUGAAGGGUUUGAAUUCACAUACGACAAGCGAGAAGAUUCGAGAACUUUAAGCGAUUUAUAUGAUUUUUUCUCCCGGCUAGUGAAAAUUGUCCCCGACGGUGUAGUGGUAUUUCUUCCUAGCUAUAAGUUUCUUGAAUCUCUUAUGCGUUUCUGGAACAGCACCUGCAAAGUUGGGGCGUGCAUAGGAAAUAAGAAAAUAUUUUACGAGUCAGCGGAUAAAGCAGACGUCUUUGCAAAGUACGCUGAGGAAGUUCGAAAAUUGACUGGAGGCGCUAUACUUUUUGCGGUAGUUGGAGGGCGUCUCUCCGAGGGCAUCAAUUUUCAGAACGAAUUAGCGAGGGCAGUGGUGAUGGUAGGCCUACCUUACCCAAAUUUAUUUAGUGGAGAACUCAUUAUAAAAAGGAAGCACCUCGAGCAAAAGGUGCUUAAAGCAAAUGGCAGCAGUCAAGACGCAAAGAGAGCUACGCGAGAGUUUUACGAGAACAUCUGUAUGAAAGCUGUAAAUCAAAGCAUUGGGAGGGCCAUUAGGCACGCGCAAGACUACGCAAAUAUUUAUUUGGUUGAUAAAAGAUACAGCUCCAUUCAGGUUCAGACCAAGCUCUCGAAUUGGGUGGCUAAGCGGAUUCGGCACACCACCUCGCUCGAUGACUUGUUCGAGAAAAGCGCAAAAUGGUACGCGAACAAGGCCCAGGAUGACCGCUGA